GAGUACAUUCCAAUUCCAAGUGAUAAACAUAAACAUAUUUAACUAUGGAAAAAACAGAUGAUAUUAAUGAAAAUUUUUCAAAAUCAUCAGUGCAUUCAGAUGCAACAAAUAAUGAACAAGAAGAGACUGAUGUGCAACCAUCGACAUCGAAUUCCUUCAGUAAAACAUGUAUUGAUUUGAAAACCAGUGGUAAAAAUGAAAAAUCACCAUUAAUAUCCGAGUUAGAUUCAGAAUCCAACAUUGAUGACUAUAUCAAAGUGAUGGUACCAAAAGAAAAAAUGGCCGAAAAGUUGGCAGCUUCACGUCCGUAUAAUUAUUUUCUUACCUGUAUCACAUCAUCACCGGCAACACAUAAUGAGCCAUUAUCCAUAACAUUUCAAGAGAUUUUCGACCCGUCACUUGGUGAUCUUGAAAGUUCGGUGCAAAUUAAUUUUGUCGUCGAAGAGAAUUGGUUGCUGGGCCAAUACUACUUCGCUGGCCAUAUAGAUAAGCCAUUAUUAAUAUUAUACGGCUGGCUAUCUGGUACGUUACCAUCAAUUUCAGAAAAACAUCCCCAAAUAAGUGCGCAUUUUAUAAAACCAUCAUAUGAAAUUGGCAUUCAUCACACUAAAAUGAUGUUGCUGGCAUACAAAGAUGGAUCGAUGCGUGUUGUUGUUUCAACAGCAAAUUUAUAUGAAGAUGAUUGGCAUAAUCGUACACAAGGUCUUUGGAUAAGUGAAAAACUAGACCCAUUACCGCAUAGUAGUGAAAAAAAAUUCGGUGAAAGUCCAACUAAAUUUCGAAAUGAUUUACUAAUUUAUUUGUCGUGCUACAAACUUCCACAGUUGCAACCAUGGUUAACUCGUAUUCGGAAGACAAAUUUUGCAUCGGUUAAUGUUUUUCUCGUUACAUCAAUUCCUGGUAUAUACAAUCAAACAAGCACCGGAUAUCCGCAUGGACACGGUCGUAUAGCAUAUUUAUUGGCAAAACAUUCAGCAAAAAUUAACAACGAUUCACCAGUCGUAGCGCAAGCCUCGAGCCUUGGUAAUUUUGGUAGAAACAAACAAGAUUGGCUUUGUGGUGAAUUUUUGAAGAGUUUUUGUCAAGGCACCAAGAUUGAUCAACUAGAAGAAAAUCCAGAAUUAUUCAUCAUUUAUCCUUCUCAUAAUAACGUGGAAAAUUCUCAUGAUGGUCUACUUGGCGGUGGAUGCCUACCAUAUCAAAAUCGUGUUCAUAAGAAACAACGUUGGCUAAAUCAUUUUUUGUAUCAAUGGCGUGCGGACAGGCGUCAUAGAUCACAAGCAAUGCCACAUAUCAAAACUUAUUGUCGAUGGAGGGAUAAUAAGCUGUUUUGGUUCAUUUUGACAUCGGCAAAUUUAUCGAAGUCAGGUUGGGGUUUUAUGACUGCUGAAAACAAAAAACGUGUAAUUCGUAAUAUCAAUUACGAAGCAGGCGUUGUAUUCUUUCCGAAAUUCGUUACAAAAACACAUUAUUUUUCAAUGGAUGAGUCUGAUUCCAGCACAUUAGUAUUCCCUUUGCUUUAUGACAUUCCUUUAACGAAAUAUACACCCGAAGACAAUCCAUUUGUUAUCGAUGUUCUAUCCACCUAAAUAUCAUUCCUAUUUUUUUUUUCGAAU